CUUUCUUCUGUUCCGGUCGCGUCGGCCGUCAUUUCCAUUUUUCACAGUCUAGUUUUUCUGGUAGUGGGUAGUGUAUAUGGCAAAUGAGCAUGUUGGCUAUUAAAUUUACUCUCGUAAUGGCUGCCACGAUCAAAGUUUAAUCCAUUGGUUAUGUCAUGUAAAAAUAGAUCGUACUGAUGAGUGAUAUACUGAAAAAUCAAGAAUCAGAGUUGCUAGAAAAGUGUUUAACUAAUCACGCUGGACGUUUCCCCUUGUAUUCGUUUGUGCAAAAUCUAAAACUAAAACGAUAUGUAUGCUUCGUAAAAAGCGUUUGUAUCGUAUUAAAUACUAAUAAUAAGCAGAAAUAAUGGAUCCAAGAUCGUCAUCAGCCUUGUUCAAAAGGGCCGAACAAUUAAAAAGAUGGGAGGAGUCGGAUACCAACAAGCAGUCUGCGGUCCCGAAACGCGCUACAAGGAUACAAUUUUCUCCUGGGAUUGUUUUUCUGGCAGCUUGUACAGCUGGUGAUAAGGACGAAGUACAGCGAUUGCUAAAACUAGGCGCGGACAUAAACACAUCAAACGUAGACGGCCUCACAGCUCUGCAUCAGGCGUGCAUCGACGACAACUUCGACAUGGUACAGUUUUUAGUUGAACAUGGCGCAGAUGUCAAUCGCGGCGAUAAUGAGGGCUGGACCCCGUUACAUGCAACAGCUUCUUGUGGCUUCGCUAGCAUUGCAAGGCAUCUUUUGGAGAAUGGCGCUGAUGUGGCAGCUGUUAAUUAUGACGGAGAGUUGGCUAUUGACAUUGCUGAAAGUGAUGAAAUGGAAAAGCUUCUACAGACAGCUAUUGAUGAAAAAGGCGUCGAUUGCGAAAAAUCCCGCAGCGCGGAAGUUAUUAAACUUAGCAACGAUUCGAAGAACUGGGCAGCAAAUGGUUACUCAGAUGUACGAGACCCUAAAACUGGAGGAACACCUUUACACGUCGCCGCUGCAAAGGGUUAUAUCGAUGUGGCAAAGACGUUAUUAGAGGACUGUAACGUAGAUCCAGAUAGUGUAGACUACGAAGGAUACACACCCCUACACGCGGCUGCUCUUUGGGGCCAGAAAGAAGCUGCCGCUAUAUUAUUUAAAUUCGGGGCUGAUCCUAACAUCAAGAAUUAUUCGGGACAAACAUGCUUAGACCUAGUCGACCCAAGUAUAUCAGCUUGGCUGAAAGAGGCAGCGCAAAAAGCGCCGCAUCGCGUUAAUAAUAACGUCAAACGCACACCACAGAAACACGACGUGAAAUCCGUUGAACUCCAAAUAAAUAAUUCGGACAAAAUAACAAUAGUUAACGAUAAACCACCGAGCUCCGAGAUCAUUACUAAGAUCGAAGGGAAGCCUCCUAAAGCCCGACCGCCUUCGCCGGAUCCUACGGAGAAUUCUGAGAUUGUGAUACCCGAUGAGCCGCCAUCUUGGCGCCGAUCGGCUUCAUUCAGGAGCAGGCUACAGGAGAAUACACGUGAAAAUAAACCAACAAAUAACAAUGUUGAUACAGAUCCAGUUAUGCUGCGAAGAACGCACAGCGUUGAGGCUUUCUAUCAACGCUACCGUGAAGUGACCGCGCGUAUAAAGGCGACAUCGUGUCCUUCGAUACCACCGGUGCCUCAGAUCACGCUAGCAGCACUCGAGCUGUGGAAAAAGAAUAAAGAGAUUAACAAUGCUACUAAUGAUGACAGCGAGACAAGGGUAAACGAUAAAAAGGAAACGGAUACAAAUGCUUUGACUGUACCAACAACGUCGUCUAGCGCAGUUACAAAUAACACUACGACUCGGACGACUGUUAGAAGUGGUACGGAAAGCGUAGAGUCGAACAGUAGCAAUUCAACUCCAAGUUCAGCGACGCCAACCAAACUGUCGCCUGGGAACAUUUUCAAGAACUUCUUCAAGUCGUUUGUUCCGCCAGUACGUGAUGAUGAAAGUGAAACUCAGAGGAAGGCCCACGCCAAACGUGUUCGUGAGACAAGAAGAUCCACUCAGGGCGUUACUCUCGAUGAGAUUAAGUCCGCUGAACAGUUAGUUAAAAAUAAGACUAACAAUGGUACCACAGAUACAUCGAACGUAAACAAGAAAGAAGAAACGCGUACGGCGCGAGCACUCGCGGCGGGUGGUGGGGACACAGCCGUUUCGUUAGCGCUUGCGUGCGUCACAGCUGCUGCCACGGCGACAAUUGCGCCCAACAGUGAGCGACACCCGUCUUGGCGACUGCGAUUCGAUCCCAAUAAUAAGUUCGAAUUAGAGGAUGCAAAUCAACCUCCACGAUCCACUACGGAAACGGAAGCCACAGUUACUUUACCCCUUCGUCGCCCACCAUCAGCGAAGGAUAAUAACCGCACUGGUAACUCUGUAACACCAACAACAGAAGAAGAGAAAGAUCGCGAAAGUAGUGUCGAAAGCAAAUCGUCGAGCAAUGCAUCGUCAUCAAGCACUCAGGCGGCGCUGAAUGUGAUACAACGUCGACGCCGACCAAAGCGACGUUCUACCGGCGUUGGACAUGUAGAUAUGGAUGAUAUUGUUAACGACCGUGUGGGAGGCAGCGAAGGCGACGGUGAUUCGGAAACGGCACAAUCGGGAAGUGAAAGAACUGAGGAGCCAGACGAAAAAGACUACAAGGCAUUGUACGAAGCUUCGAGAAAGGAAGUGAAACAACUACGAUUACUGCUUUCCACCUCUGAGCAACAACUACGCGAGGCUCGCGCGACUAUCACCAGACUCACACAAGUGAAUCAAAAUUCAUUGUCAGAGAUAGAGAAACGCGAAAGGAGGGCAAUGGAAAGAAAACUGUCCGAAAUGGAAGAAGAGCUUAAGCAAUUGCAAAAGUUAAAAGCCGAGAACGAAAGGCUGAGGGCUGAGAACCGUGCGCUUACUAGGGUCGUAAGCAAAUUGACCAACUCGGCCGCAAAAUAGAAUCAACAAGCGUUGCAAGCAGAAAAUCAACGAUUGAAAAACGAAAAUGGAGCAUUAAUUCGUGUAAUUAGUAAACUAUCCAAGUGAUAAUGUAUUGGAUAAUUACUUCAGGCUAAGGAUAUUGACAAUUGCGAGCUAGUGGUAUUGACAAUUUAUACGAGUAACAUUUUGUACUUUUUAUAAAGAUUUGAAAUUUAUACAAACGAUAAUUUUGUCUCGAUAAUUCGAAUUUGCAUGUUUUUCUACCUUACCGAUUUAAUGUUUGUAACCUUUAUACAGUAUUAUAAAAAAAUAUCAAUAAAUCAUCCAUCUCCAUUGCAAGUGUGAUCAAUUUGCUUUUAUAAAUGUAGAUAUUAAAUAUUUAAAAACAAGGCGGCCUAUAUUUAUUGCUAUGAAGGAUAACUUAAAACUGUUCAAAAUUCCACUGUACAUCUUACACUUGUCAAAAAUCGUCUAUAAUUUGUUAUUGGUUAAUCGUAACUUUAUAUGAAUCUAUUUAGAAUAUACUUUUUAAACGAGCGGCGGUAAUACUUGUAUUACUAAUGCAUUUAUAUAACGUAGAUGUAAACAAUAGGUAGUCACGAAAUAAUUGGAAAUGUGAUAUAUCGAUUACUAAACUUUUGAACAUAUGAACUUAGAUGUAUGUUAGGUGUUUUAGUAUUUUGAAAAUAUAGUAGGUUAAUGAAUUGUUUCUUCAUAUUUUAUUUCAUUGAAGGACUAUUGUCUUGUUUUUCUUUGUACACUAAACGUUGAUAUUUAUUAACUUUAUUUUUGUAGUUUAAAUAUACAUCACCUAUAUAGAAUGUGUUCGACCAUAUGAAAUUAAUUUUACCUAUUAAAUUUCGUCAGCAAAGGCACCGUGAACUUAAAGUCUUACCUUUUCAUAAAAACUAAACCAGUCUAACAACAGUUUAAACUAUACGAUUUGACUGGCUUAGUUAUUAUAAAUGUGGUAAAAAUCGAAGUCUUAAAGGACUUACGGCAAUUUUUACUUAAGAAAGAUUUUAAGAGAUUUUGGCUGCUUUUUAUUACAUCACACCUGGCAACGAUGGCAAUGGAAAAAUUGACAUUAAAAUAUCGAUACGCAUUGUGUAACUGCUUAUUAUUAUUAUAUAUAUAUAUAAAUAUAUAUAUAUAUACAUAUUAUAUAUAUAUAUACAUAUUAUAUAUAUAUAUACAUAUUAUAUAUAAAUUGUCUGAAAAUAAUCGACACAGCUAUCGUUCCAAAUUUUAACCCGGCUUUGUAUUCAUAUCAACAUUAUGAUAAUUUUAUCUUAAUCGAAUAAGUAUAGAAUGCCAUAGCUCUUGAAAAGGGUGUUUAUAUUUAGUUUAAGUAAGCAUGUUAAUUUUAAUUGUUAUUUGUAGUGGCAAGUUUAAUUGUUUUUUAUUUCAUUUUCUUGACUACAAUAAUUUGCUAAAAUAAUAUUUUCGUUUCUAAAAUUCUCCUAAGAUUCAAUUUUAAAUAGUCUAUGACAACCGCAACCUAUUUUAUUAUUUUAUCCUAACUUAUUGCUUUGCCAAGUAUAAAUAUAAAGAAACGAAACUUAAGCACAUUUCUAAGGGCCUUGAUGUAUUUCUGUCAAAUCACGCAAAGGUUUUGGGAACAUGUCAUUAAGUUUUAUUUCUUAUUCCUACAACUGUAAAUAUACGAUUUAUGAAAUAAGGAUUUAAUUUAUUUAACUCAUUCUUAUAUUUUCAACGUUGGUCAGUCUAUAAAUUAUAUUUAAAAUAGGGAACUCGCUUCGAAAAUUAGCAUUACAAAAUAUAUUUAUUGUUAUUAUAGGAGUAUUAAGAUGUUUAUUAAUAUUUUUAGUUAGAUCUCUAGUAUGUUUCCUUGCCAUUUCCCUAUUUUAAAAUAUUCGUCGAACAUACAAGUUGAGUUUUGAUUAGCAAUAAAAUGGUUAAAAUCAUUAUUUAAUCACCACUUUCUUAUUCGACUAACACCUUAGAAAUGGGUAAACGUAAAACGUCAAUGUGCUUAUCUGGUUUAUUAUUUUCUCAUCAAUUUCUCUUAAUUCAACUUGUAUGAGAUUGUGUAUUUUUAUUUGUAACAAAUAUUCAAUGUUCUUUAGAUUUAAGGAUUUACUUAACGGCUAAAUAAAAUUUUAUCACAAAGUAAAACAUUAAACCCUCCUAUAUUAUGUAAAACCUUUGUAGAGAACGUUAAUUGCAAAGUUAAAAUAAAGAUAUUGAUUUCUGAA